CAAAAGGGAAAUUGAGGUGACAGGAAAAAAACAAAUAGUUAGUUGGGGAUUAGAGACUCUUAAGUACUAAACAGCCAUACUUCCUAACUUCAUCCCCCUAAAGAAAACAACCCAUCUAGAGUUUCAGCCAGAGCAAGGUGGUGGCCAGUGGAUGGGUUGAAGUGGUCCAUGUUUAUGCAGAGCCAUGGGGUAUCAAGAAUCAUUUUCACAGGUUCGGUCCCACUUGAGGGAAGGCAUGCCAACAUUGUGAAUUCUUCUCUCUGCUGAGUCAAGCCGCAUGACUCUGGUGUAACUUCUUAUACUUUUUCAUGCCCUGUAUUGGGCACGAGAGAAAAUGUUACCAGGAAAUCUCUGUGGCUCUUUCUGCAGCUUAGUAUAGGAGCAGAAACUCCGACUCAAUUGCUUACAGAAUUUUUGCUUCCUAAUUGGCCAGGUGAACUUAGAAAGAAGUGGAGAGGUUGAAAGUGUGCCCCAGGAAAGAUCUCAAAGAUGGGGUGCCUCUUGAAAAGAGAGAGGAACACACCAUAAUUUACUUCAAAAUGAGUUUUGUCUUUUUUUUUCUCCCCUAGGAAUCCUGAUGAAAUUUCAAUUUGGAAACAGCAUGCCUCUAAUGCACCUGAGAGCAAACUCCAAUGUGGGGAAAAUCUCAGUCAGCAUGACAAGGAGUACACUUGUAAGCAGUCUUUUGAACACAAUAGGAAAGAAAAUACUUUCAGCAGGAAGAUGUUCCUUAAGUGUGAGAAAAUUUGUAUCAAAGACCCAUGUAAUGACCCUGUCAUUGUAGGAGAAACAAUUCAGGUUGAAAAGAAAAUGUUCCAUAGCAAUCCGUAUUUUGGCAUGCAUCAACAAACACACUCAGGAAAGAAAUUUCAUGAACAUUUCAAGAGUGAGAAACCUCUUAUGAAUAAAACAGAUGUCAAAGUAAAUCAGAUAAGCCAAACAGCAAAAAGUCACUAUAUAUGUGGCUACUGCAAACAGUCUUUUAGCUGUAAUUCUAGGUUUACCACCAAACAGAGAAGUGAUAUAGGAGAAAAUUUCCAUGUGUGCAAUGAAUGUAAAAAAAACAUUUACCAGAAGUCAGAAUUCGCUAGAGAUAAGAUACUUCCCACUGAGGACAAACCAUAUGAAUGUAAUGAACUUUUGAAAUCCUUUUGUGCUCAAUCAGAUCUCAUUAGACAUCAGAGAAUUAUCACAGGGGAAAAACCUUAUAAAUGUAAUGAGUGUGGAAAAGCCUUUUGCAAGCCAUCAGUUCUCAUUAAACAUCAGAGAAUUCACACAGGGGAAAAACCUUAUGAUUGUAAUGAAUGUGGGAAAGCUUUUUGUCAGAAGUCAUCCCUAAUCAUACAUCAGAGAAUCCACACAGGAGAAAAACCUUAUAAGUGUAGUGAGUGUGGAAAAGCUUUUUGUCGGAAGUCACACCUAAUCAUGCAUCAGAGAAUCCACACAGGGGAAAAACCUUAUGAAUGUAGUGAGUGUGGGAAAGCCUUUUGCCAGCAGUCAGGUCUCAUUGUACAUCAGAGAAUUCACACAGGGGAAAAACCUUAUAAAUGUAGUGAGUGUGGAAAAGCUUUUUGUCAAAAGGCAUCCCUAAUUGCACAUCAGAGAAUCCACACAGGGGAAAAAGCUUAUGAAUGUAUUGAGUGUGGGAAAGCAUUUUGCCAGCAGUCAGGUCUCAUUGUACAUCAGAGAAUUCACACAGGGGAAAAGCCUUAUAAAUGUAGUGAAUGUGGAAAAGGUUUUUGUCAUAAGUCAUACCUAAUCACACAUCAGAGAAUUCACACAGGGGAAAAACCAUAUAAAUGUAGUGAAUGUGCAAAAGCUUUUUGUCACAAGUCAUACCUAGUCAUACACCAGAAAAUCCACACAGGGGAAAAAGCUUAUGAAUGUAAUGAGUGUGGAAAAGGCUUUUACCAGCAUUCAGGUCUCAUUAAGCAUCAGAGAAUUCACACAGGGGAAAAACCUUAUAAAUGUAGUGAGUGUGGGAAAGCUUUUUGUCACAAGUCACACCUAAUCACACAUCAGAGAAUUCACACAGGGGAAAAACCUUAUAAAUGUAAUGAGUGUGGAAAAGUGUUUUGCACACAGUCAGUUCUCAUUAGACAUCAGAGAAUCCACACAGGGGAAAAACCUUAUAAGUGUAGUGAAUGUGGGAAAGCUUUUUGUCAAAAGUCAUACUUAAUCAUACACCAGAGAAUUCACACAGGAGAAAAACCUUAUAAAUGUAGUGAGUGUGGAAAAGCUUUUUGUCAAAAGUCAUCGCUGAACAUACAUCAGAGAACCCACACAGGGGAAAAACCUUAUGAAUGUAUUGAGUGUGGGAAAGCCUUUUGCCAUAAAAAAGACCUAAUCAAUCAUCAUAGAGUUCACACAAGGGAGAAACUUUUUCAGUAUGAUGAGUAUGGAAAAUCUUUUUGCUAGCAGAGCUAUUACAUGAGCAAAUUCUCAUGCCUGAACAAGCGUUGAAAAAUUAGUACACAAAGCAUCAAAUGCAAUAGAAAGCAAAAACUGACAUGGAUUUACAAUGCAGUAGCAUACCCACAGGAAGGAACAAAAAUAGUGCAUUGAC